AUGGCAAUGAUGAAGAACAAUUCCAAAGCGCAUGGACCUCACCUUCUCGUCAUUUCGUGCCUUGAUUCGCGUUCGAAUCCCUACAAUGUUCUCGGACUCAAACCUUAUGAAUGUAUCGUCAUCCGAAAUGUUGCUGGUCGUUUUGCUACAGCUACCGGUGAUAUCGCGGCGCUCGACACGCUCUUCCACGUUUCGCAGCUCGUUCUUCUUCAGCAUAGCAAUUGUGGCGCUUCCCACGUCACCAAGGAGCAGGUCAUAGACAGCACCCAAGUCAAGAGACCCGAGUUUGGGGUUGGGAAUCCUGCAGAGCCAUCGGCCCUAGAAGCUCGACUGCCCAUGGUUGAGAAUAACCACCAAGCCUUGAAGGAGGAUCUAAGGGCGGUUAAACAGUGCGGCUUCCUUAGACAGGAUUUGAUCGAUAGUGUCGUUGGCCUGUACCUCGACGUCGAUUCCGGCUUAGUGACACGGGUUUAUCCAGACUCUGAUGUGGACGAAUGA